AUGAUUCCUGGCCUGAGCAAGAUGAGUAAAAACGCAAAAUAUGACAUUUUGAUAGAUGUAUCAACUUUGGAAGAUGGCACAGGAGAUGAAAGUGGCAAGAAAGUGCACAGCAAAGGCAGACAACCCUCAGGAAAUCUGGAGAAUAAGCAGACUAUCUUCUUCAGGGAUGGCGUACGAAGGAUUGAUUUUGUUCUGUGCUAUGUGGAGGAAGAGACCAAAGAAGGAGAAAAGAAAAAGAACAGGAGAAAGGAAUUUGAAAACAACUUAAAGAAGGCUGGAGUGGAGCUAGAAAGAGAGGAUAAAAAAGAGUCAGAAGAUGGAACCACCUUUUACCUAAAGGUCCAUGUACCAUGGGAUGUCCUGGCCACCUAUACAGAGCUGCUAAAAAUUAAAAUGCCUUUUAAAGAAAACGAUAUUACCAGAAAGCAGGAAGUCCGAAUGAACUGGCUUUUCAAACCCUUCCGACUCCCAGAUGAAGUGAUGAACCCUGAGCCUGAUUAUUUUACAGCCUCGUUUCAAAAGGAUAAAUUUGACUUCUUUCUUAUUGAAAACAGAGACAGUUUUUUCCACGCAUCUACCCGCAACCGGAUUGCUUAUUACAUUCUCUCACGAUGUCUUUAUGGGACUGAAGAAGGAACAAAGAAAAUAGGAAUCAAGCGGCUCCUAAACAAUGGAAGCUACAUUGCAGCAUACCCUCUGCAUGAUUGUCAUUAUUCAAAAAGAUCUGAAGAGCCCGGCUGUGACAGUGAUAGAUACACUCUGUAUUGUGACUGGGCGCGUUUUUCAUGUUUCUACAAGGAGCAACCUCUAAAUCUCAUCAGGAGGUACUAUGGGGAGAAGAUUGGUAUAUAUUUUGCUUGGCUGGGCUUCUACACGGAGAUGCUGUUUUUUGCAGCCAUUGUUGGUGUUCUCUGCUUUUUGUAUGGAGCAUCAACUUAUAAUGAAAACUUGUGGAGUAAAGAAAUCUGUAAUGCUUCAGUUGGGGGAGAUAUUAUAAUGUGUCCCUUAUGUGAUAAGAAGUGCACCUACUGGAAAUUAAUCACAACAUGUCAGUCCUCCAAGCAAUCACAUCUGUUUGACAAUUUUGGUACUGUAUUUUUUGCCAUGUUCAUGGGUAUUUGGGUAACAUUAUUUUUAGAGUUUUGGAAGCGUCGACAGGCUCGCCUGGAGUAUGAGUGGGACCUAGUUGACUUUGAGGAGGAGCAAGACAAUGACUUCAGGCCAGAAUUUGAAGCUAAAUGCACUCUCCGCAGGAUAAACCCCAUUACCCAGGAGGAUGAACCAUAUAUGCCUUUACCAAGCAAGAUGGCACGUUUCCUUCUUUCUGGAGCCACUGUGUUAUUUUGGAUUGCUCUGAUCAUUGCCAGCAUCAUUGCAGUAAUAGUUUAUCGUCUCGCUGUCAACACUGCCUUUUCUAGUAUCAUUAAAGGCAACACAGUGCAUGAUUUGAAACUGGUUGGUUCCCUCAUCACUCCACAGAUGGCAACUUCCUUAACUGCGUCUUGCUUGAAUUUCAUAGCCAUCAUGAUUCUUAACUUCUUCUAUGAGCGAGUGGCAAUCUGGAUUACCGACAUGGAAAUUAACAAGACUCACCUUGAUUAUGAAAAUAGGCUGACAACAAAGAUGUUUUUGUUCCAGUUUGUCAACUGUUACUCUUCCUGCUUCUAUGUGGCUUUCUUCAAGGGGAAGUUUGUAGGUUAUCCUGGGAAAUAUAUGUACAUGUUUGGGCAAUGGAGGAAUGAGGAGUGUGAUCCUGGUGGAUGUCUCAUUGAACUGUCCACCCAGUUGCUCAUCAUUAUGGCGGGUAAACAGAUGUGGGGAAAUAUCCAGGAAGCUCUUGUCCCGUGGCUGUUGAAUUGGUGGAGAAGCCGUAAGGCUCAUGUCAACCCCAAGAGAUUGUGCAGUCGCUGGGAACAAGACUUUGACCUACAGUGCACUCAAGAGUUUGGCCUUUUCUAUGAAUAUCUUGAGAUGGUGAUACAGUUUGGAUUCAUCACUAUCUUUGUGGCUUCAUUUCCACUGGCACCACUCCUGGCUCUUGUAAACAACAUCUUGGAGGUGAGGGUGGACGCUUGGAAGUUUACUACACAGUUUCGCAGACCAGUGGCAGCCAAGGCCAACAAUAUUGGAGCAUGGGAUGAGAUUCUGAAUGGAGUGGCCAUCUUGUCUGUGGUUACUAAUGCCUUUAUUGUGGCAUUCACGUCAGAUAUGAUUCCAAGAUUAGUAUAUUACUAUUCAUACCAUCCUGGCAAGGAGCCCACCAUGGAGGGCUUCAUUAAUAACAGCCUGUCCAUCUUUGACAUCCGUCAGUUUAAUGAGCGGAACAAACCAGAUGCAAAAGACAUUCCUUCCUGGUUUGAUAGUAACACCGUAACAACCUGCAGGUACCGGGAUUAUCGUUAUCCCCCAGGCCAUGAAAAAGAAUACAGUCAGACUGUGCAGUAUUGGCAUAUUAUGGCUGCAAAAAUGGCCUUCAUUGUUAUUAUGGAGCAUGUGGUGUUCUUCGUGAAGUUCAUUAUAGCAUGGAUCAUUCCUGAUGUUCCAUCAGAUGUGAAGGAGAGAAUAAAGAGAGAGCGCUACCUGACUAUGGAGUAUCUGCACAACUAUGAACUUCAGAAGCUAAGACAGCAGCUGGGAGAACAAAGCAACCCUACAGCAAUGCCAUCCCAACCAUAA